GAAUGUGUUGAAUGGUUGCAGCGCCCAUAGCGUUCCAUUCAUUCGCCGUCGACAAAUGGUUCGCUCAAACAGCGUGUUCGCUUUGUCGCGUGGAAAUUCGCUCACGUUUACGGACCCGUAAACGUUCGAGCAACACUCUUUCGCGCAGUACUUUAAAAAAUUGUAAAGAAGAGCAGCGUGUGAUUGCGCAAGUUGGGAGCCCAGCAAGCAUCUACGGCUGACUCACAGAUCUCAGCGCCCCCAUCCAAAAUUGUCCAUUGAGGAGAGCAAGAUGGCGGAGGGCGGUACGGAAGGUGUCCUAUGUAGAUAUUUUUUAAGUGGCGUGUGCAGGGAUGGGCAGCGGUGCCUCUUUUCGCACGACCGUUCAAAUGCCCAGGUUGACAAUGUGUGCCGCUAUUACCUCAAGGGCGAAUGCGUCUACGGCUCGCGGUGCAGGUAUGACCACAUCCGGACCAAACCCCGGACUGACAACGGUGCGUGGUCGGGGAAGGCAAGCCGAAGCACAAACCAGGGCAUCCGGUCACAAUUAAGUUCAGCCGAAGGGACAACGCCGGCCUGCUCAUCGUCGGUCAACCGCACACCACACACAGGGCCGUUGACGGUUCUUAAAAAGAACAACAAUGAGUCUCCCUGGAGCGGCGAUCCAACUUGCAAGACGGUGCACUCUUCUAGUUGGGCAGACGCGCCAGAGUUUGUCCCCAAAAGUGCUGCUCCAGCGCGAGCAACAAAGUCGUACGCGUCCAUCGUGCGGCCCGAGGGCAGCACCGAAAAGGCCCCGCCCAGCAAGGAGGCCUCUCUUCCACUCUGCCCGUACGAGGUGGCCAGCAAUGGCUGCCCGGUGGGCGCCACCUGCACCUACCUGCACGGCGAACUGUGUGACCUCUGCCAGAAGCCCUGCCUGCACCCCUACAACGAAGAACAGCGAGCACAGCACAGAGAGGAGUGCAUCCAGCGGCACGAGCAGGACAUGGAGCUGUCGUUCGCGAUCCAGCGCAGCGCGGACAAGUGCUGCGGCAUCUGCAUGGACGUGGUGAUGGACAAGGAGCCCCCGUCGGAGCGCCGCUUCGGCAUCCUCGAAAAGUGCAGCCACAUCUUCUGCCUCAACUGCAUCCGCAAGUGGCGUGGCUCCAAGCAGUUCGACAGCAAGACCGUCCGGUCGUGUCCAGAAUGCAGAGUUCCGUCGGACUUUGUGACGCCAAGCAGCUUCUGGGUGGACAUGGGGGAGGAGAAGGACAAGUUAAUAGCAGACUACAAAUCCGCCAUGAGUGCGAAGCCCUGUCGGUAUUUCCAGGAGGGUCGGGGUGAGUGCCCGUUUGCGGGUGCCUGCUUCUACCAGCACAUGUACCCCGACGGAAGAAAAGCCGUCAUGCCGCCUCCCCGGCCAAGGCGCAGGCAAAACCACAACGGUGACCUCGAGAUCAUGGAGCGCCUGUACCUGUGGGACUUUCUCGACGUCGCCGACAGUCACAUGUUCGCGCCUUUCAACCUCGAAGACGUGUUCGAGAUCCUUUCCGAGACGGAAGAUUCGGACUCGGACUGGAGCGACAUCGACAUCCUCCUCAACUAAAACGCUCGUCCCACCUGACCCUCGGGCCUGUCGACGCAGCAAGAUCAGCUCUGCGCCCAAUCGCCCCCCCUAAAAAACCAGAACCCCCCCCCCCCUGAAGAAAAGAAAAAAGAGGAAAAGGGGGGUGGGCAAAUAAGGGAUGAAUGCACAAAACACGCACUGCUUUACGGCCCUCUUCAUCGCCCGCUUUAUUAAUUCCUACCGGAAAAACCACCCCUACAACAAUUCGGGCGUCUGUUUCUUUUUUUUUUUUUUUUUUUUUCGGUUAGAGGCGACCGCCAAAAUCGUGCGCAUGCGUGCUUCAUGCAUUGCCCGAAAAGCAACUAUGCUGUGAUUCUACGUUUUUUUUUUUUCUUUUGCUCCGUCGCCCCUCAAAUGGGUUGCCAGGCAAAUUUAGACAAGAAGAAGAGAUAUUAUUAUUAUUAUUACUAGUACUACUACUACUACUCCAGUCGUUGUGGUCAGAGUCCGCGGCAAUUCCCCACCUUUCCCCCACGCCUGCCCUCCUUGUCGUUCUUGCAGAGAGGAAACAAACAAAAAAAAAUUAAGAGAGCAUGGGAUGUGUUUUUUUUUUUUCGUUAUUGCAUUUUCUUGUUUGUCUUGAGAAGCUUCCUCCCUCUUGCAAACUUGCGAAGAAAUCUUGAAUGUCACUCAGUUGUUAGCUUCACCUUUGUUUCUUUUAGUCACUCAUCACAGGGCUCGUUUGUUUCUUUACUUUGUUCCGUUUUUCACAUCAAGUCAGUCAUUAUUAGCGAAGAGUUGUUUUUUUUUUUCUGCCUUCCCUUCACGUUCCCCGCAUUUCCUGCACCAAAGGCCGAGAAAUAUAAAAAAAGAAAGCGAAGGAAGUUAGCAGCUUACUAGGAUAAAAUAAUAAACUAGGUUUUCUUUUCAGUCUCGAGAGAGAGACUUAGGACACACCCCCUCCGCCGAGACGAACAGUUAAGUCAACAGAUGCACAAUAAACAUUUAACUAUGCCUUGUUCCUACGGCUCCCUUCGUGUGUUCCGUGUGUGUGUGUGUGUGUGCAGACCAGCCCAGUAUUUCGCUGCACGUCCCUAUUCUUAGAGAGUUUUGCGAUCGUUGUCCUGAUGUGUGGCAUACCGUAUUUUCCCAUGCAUAAUCCACCCCUGCACAUAACCAGCACCUCGAACAACAAACGACUGAAAAAAACAAAACGAAGUUCCCGUGUAUUGGCGGGAAUCUACCUUGCGCACCGAAAUUCUUGUAUAACCUGCACCCAGACAUUAGCUCCGAAUUUUCCGUGCAACUUGUGUGGGUUGUACGUGAGAAAAUACGGUACUUUCAAACCACUCCAACCAUCCCGCCCACCCAGACCCCCUUUUUUAACGUCUUGAUUUUUACGCUGCGAAAGAUGAACACAUGAGAGGAGACAGGACAGGCACUACUAACAACUGGUUUAUUGCAAAGGUCCAUCUGCCUGUAUAAGAGCCAGAUUUAAGUUUUUUGAUGUCACGUGUCCUUAUCCUGAUAAGUGUUGUCUUGAUAUGCGUUCCGUACGUCUGUGCAUUGCUGUGCUACAUAUUUUAUUGCAACCUUUGCAAUAAACCAGUUAUUCGUAGCUCCUGUCCUGUCUCCUCUCGUGUUUGUCUUUCAUAGCGCAAAAAUCAAGACUUUGAACUCGCCCAACAACAAGUUCUUAUUAAGACCCCCCCUUUUAUCCAUCUUGAAGUACAAUGCAUAGCGUGCCUAUCUUUACGAAAGUUGUUGCAGUGUUUUACAAUGAUGCUGGCUUAUUUAUUGCCACGUUCCCGGGAGUUCGUUCUUGUGGAUCUUGCAAUGACUUUGGCUGCGUCCCCAAGAGACUGCAGCCAAGCCAAGGCUUCUGUACAGGUUAUAGUGAAGGAACAGCUUACGGGAGGAAUGCGUAGAUUUAUUGAGUCUUUGGGACUGGGAAAAAGGGGAAAGCUGCAUUUUUGUUUGUUUUGUCGAGGAAGGGAGAGAUGGAAUGGCAUGUCAUUGCACACACUUUUUUCUUUCCAGUCAUUCAAAGUUGUGUGCACGGCUACUAUGGAGCUUGCGAAUGAUUUGCGCGAACUGGCAUGGAAUAAAGCUAGUGUCUCUGAG